AUGCCACCAGAUCGUUGCCGUAAUAUGCUUAAGGAGAAAGCAUAUUUUUUAUUUAAGUGGCUUUCUUUGAAGGUGUUGGGACAGUCUUUUCUCCCGAAAUUUUUGUAUCCUAUUAUUGAGUAUGAGGAGGGGACGUGGGAAAUCAAUGAAUCGUUUGUUUCCGGACUGUCCUCUUUCGAGCUUUAUUCAGGUGUUUAUCGAAUUAUUGAUUUGAAAGUAUCUCCACAAGACUUUUCCGGUUUACUUGAUGAACUAACACAAUUAUCAGGUGGUCGGCAACUGACACUGGAUCCAGCUGUACUGGAAUCGUAUGCACACAAUUUAAUGGAAAUGAAAAAAGAUCACAAACCUAUUUAUUACGAUAGUGAAGUUAUACAAAAUCCAUACAUUGUACGACCUACUGAUUUGAUGUAUCCACAUUUUGGAUCAAAAAAUGGGGAGAGUUCUCAGACUGAUCAUCCAUUAGAUCUAAUUUGGUUGGCAUCACAUAUUGCUUUGACUGAAAUAAUUUUACGAACUUAUUUGUCGAAUUUAGUUACACAAGUGAAAUUAAUUGAUGCACUAAGUAUAGUUACUGGGUGUCGUUUGAAAGAAGAUUCAAUAAAGGGACUUCAAGGUGCUGAUGGUGUAUUAUUUUGGCUGUUUAGUGUAGCUGCUAGAGCAGCCACAGUUUUAGGCAUAAAUGAUUGUACAGAAUGGUUGACUAUUCAUUUAUUUGGUGGGGAAAAAUCAAAGGACGCACAAUCUCCUGGAUCUUGUGGUUCAACGUAUACAAUAAAUACGGACUCUUUGAAAGAGUCAGCAGAUAAAUUUCUCGGUGGAUUAGCAAUGGCCAAUCUUGUGGCGUUAGCUUUCCAUUUCUAUUGUCCUGAACUUGCACCGGCUGAAGAGUUUCUAUUGAAUUUUCCGUCAACUGGAGAAAUGGAACCGGCAGCUUCACAUCAUAAUGCUCGUGCUAUUGCUUCAAUAUGUCAAAAGAAUACAGAAUUAUACAAUGUUUUGUUUUUGAUGCCCGAUUCAUGUAAUGGAAAUUUGAUUCGUUUAAGUGACACAGGUUCAACAACACUGAGCACAUUAAAUCUAGUUGGAUUUUGUUCACAAGGUUUGGCUAGAUCACCAAUACAUCGACGUUUACAGCAUGCAGCAAUGGCAGGUGAACUGUUUAGUUGGUUUACAUCACGUACACCAAGUCGUGAAAUAAUUCCGAUGAUACCAUCUGUCAUAAAUUGUACGGAGCAUACGCAUGAAACUAAUACUGAACACUUUCAAGAUUUAAACAUAAAAGAAUUCACUGGAUCGAAAGAUAUGACAAGUGAUACUGUUAAUCAUCAGAACAAUAUGAUACCAUUAGAUCAAAUCAAUAUUAAUAAUUCAACUUCUGGUAGAGGAACCUUUCGACUUUAUGAAAAGCUACAAAGAUUUCACAGACAAGAACAACAACAACAACAACAAACAAAUCAAAAACCACAGACAAGUUAUUUCAUUCGUUCUAAGACAAUACGUUUAAACAAGAAUUUGUCGGAUGUAGAAAAAUUGAACAGUAAACUUAAUGAACUUUCAACCAAACAUUUAAUUGAUUCAAAAACUGGAGGUAUUUAUUUUCCGGAUGAUACAAAUGAUACGUUGAAAAACGAAGAGGAUAAACAAUUUGAUGUAGUAAAUGGAAGUGAAUCACAAAAUGCAUUGACAAAAUGGAAUCCCUUAGAAGCAUUAUUUAAGACCAGAAUGUUCAGUGAAUCCAAUGAGGUGUUUAACAGUAUUCCAUUUACUGAAAAUCAUGUAGCUGAGACAGAAUGUACCGAGCAUCAUUGUUCAGAAGAAAUGUCAUAUUAUCCAAUGGUUGACUAUGAGUCGCCAAUCACAACUCAAGGUAAUAUAUUAAAUUAUAAAAUUACGAAUGUUGAUACUGCUCAUGUAACAACUAUAACAAAAUCUCAAUAUUUGAAAGAAGUUCCUUUUACAGAUGAAGCACAAGCAACUUGUCAUUCACAAGCAAUUAAUUCUAAAUAUUUUAGACAAAGUAGAUCAUUGUCAAAUAACAGAAUGAUGCAUGCAUGUUUCUCUUCUCGGCAAAAAUCUCAAAAAUAUGGAGAUUUCGAUGCUUCAGGAAGAUCAAGUUGUCAAACUAACUAUUCUAGAAAGCAACAAACUGACCAUCAUGAUAAAAGCAAUCGGUUUUUCAAAUGGUUUCAUCGACCUUAUAGAAAAAAGCAUGAUUUAACAUCUUAUGAUGUAGAUGGUUAUUCAGAUUCUGAUCUAAAUACUGUAUAUUAUAGAGGAGAUAAUUCAGAAUCUUCAUCAACCGAUUAUUCCAGCAGUUCAGAACUAAGUAAUGAAAUUAUUGAUGACAUUGUAUGUUCAAAUUAUUCAGAACAGAAGCAUCAUGAUCGUCAUCCAGUUUCAAAUGAUAAUACAGAUAUAGGAAAAACCGUAACUCAAAACAAAUUACGAAAACCAUUUAAUCGUAAAAAUAUUAAGCGAAAACGAAGAAAUAUUUCAGAAACUGUGACUCAGUCGUAUUUUUAUGGCUGCUUUCCUAUUCAACAUCAAGUUCACCGUGUUUAUCCUUACGAAACUUCAAACCAAAAAGUCUACGUCGAUAUUCAUUGUUCACCUUGCUCUUCAGUACAACCAACAUGGAUUCAUUCUCCAUUUAUUAAAGGAACCUUAAAUCCUAUUCCAUUUAAUACAACAAAUCAGCCUACAUCUCCAGUAAUACCACCAUUACAUAGUACAAGUCCACUACCAUUUUCGCAUUCAAAUAAUACAGAUCAGCUUUUAUUAUAUAACUUAAAUGAACAAAAUGUAUCACUACCAGAGUCAACUAAUCCUAAUCAGAAUAUAAUAACAGAGACACUAGUAUCAACUGAAACAGCCAGUUUACAAGCGGAAGACUGUUCACUUGCAUUAAAUACAACGGUUCAAAAUCGACCCGAGUCCAGGGCACAUUCAGUAACACAACAUGAAAUUAUACCUGAACUAGACACAACUACAUCAAUUAAUUCUCCCACAACUCAAGUACCUGCGUGUUAUUCUCAGGCUGAAUCAUUUUUCAUUUCUCUUGAAACUAAUCCGUCCAGUGUAUCGAGUACAAUUCAUCAUAAACAUAAUUUGAAGUCUAAAUCUAAAAGUGGCUCUUUAACAAAUCCGAAAUCAGUAGUACAUAAUCUUAAUGGAUUAAAGUAUUCGAGGGCUUCCAGUAAUGGAGUUAUUAAUAAUCUAGAUAGCAUGCGCUCGGAACCAGUUAAUACGAUUAUCUCAACCGCACAAAGGAAAAUUCCGCAUUUAUCCGGUUCUCAUAGAAACACAUCAGUUUCUGAUGCUACUGAAAAAUUAGAAAAUAACAUUCACACCACUACUGGUCACUCUGUAAAUAAUUGUAAAUCUGAACAAUUAGAAAGCAAACCAGAAGAAAAUAAUCGUCCGAGAAAGGAUAGUAUUUUGCCGAGUUAUUUAGAGAAACGAUCUAUGAAAGCAUAUGAAAAGGAAACAAAUAAUACGGAAAAUUCUCGACCAGUUUCGGGAAAAUCAAAAACAACUUCAAAAACAAAAGAAAAUUCAUUUAAAAUCAAUGAAAAUGUAAAUACCUCAGAUAUGGUAGCUUCAAAUAACCACAGAAGAACAGCUAGUGUCUCCCGAACAAUUGGAAUUGUUAAGCCUAGUUUUACUGGAGGCCGAAGAAGAUAUGCACAAGAUGAAUUAUCUUUAUUAAAUGUGAAAUCACAAAGUCAUACUAUUGAAAAUGAACCUCCGAGUGAUUUAAAAUUAUUUGUUCAACUACAAACUAAAUCAAAUCGUCGAUCUAUUUCAAAUGCAUUAAAUUAUUGUUGUUUAGCAGGACCGGUAAAUGAAAUUAUGAAACGGACUGCACUUGAAGCACUUGGAUGUUCAGAUGGUAAACAUUUUAUCAUUCUAUUAAAAAGUCAAUGUCAAUAUAGUGGAUUAUACAAUUAUUUGCCACUUAUUGAAAAAGCAAUUCGUAUUAGUGGAACAGGACCGAGUAAAAUUGAAAAUAAUAUGGUUGAUAAAUAUUACAAAUAUGAUAGUGGACUGAAAAGAUUUGUUGAAAUCUAUUCCACUUCUCAUAUGUCAACUGUUGUCGACGCAGUACAGUUACAUGGACGAAUACGUAGCUACUCUGCAAAGUCUUAUGCAACACAAAAAACCAAUUCAGCUAAAUGUCCACUACAUGCAAAAUAA